AUGUCUAUGAUGCUAAGUAAUUGGGCACUCUCCCCUCGAUAUGUGGGACAGCGAAACCUCAUACAUUGCACCACUUUAUUUCACACACUUACACGAUGGGCAAAAGACGCAGACGAUAAAUAUCAUGAUAUAAACUCAAUGUAUGAAAACAUGUUUACACCUUCAAAUGAUAACGUUUCAAUUUUGCAGGAUGAAGGUAAAUCUGAUUAUGAUACGACGAAGGCCAGCUCUAUGGAAGAAGAUAUCAGUGCUUUUAAUAAAGACUUGUACAAUUUCUAUAAUAUUGGAUAUGCCAAACAGAUCAUGUCUGCUUCACAAUUGGAAAAUAUAGUAAAGGCAAAGGGCAGAUUUGUUAUACAAAGUUUAUCCACCAGUCCUUAUUAUAAUUUGGCCCUUGAAAACUAUGUUUUCAAGAAUACACCAAGAGCCAAAAGAGGUCCCGAUAAUUGCAGACUGUUAUUUUACAUCAAUGAUAGGUGCGCCGUUAUAGGCAAAAACCAAAAUCUGUGGCAGGAAGUAGAUCUUGCUAAGCUGAAGAGUAAGAAUUUCGAACUACUUAGAAGAUUUUCUGGAGGUGGCACUGUACUGCAUGAUUUGGGCAAUGUUAAUUAUUCAUAUUUAACAUCAAGGGAGAAAUUCGAAACAAAGUUUUUCAACAAAAUGAUAAUUAAGUGGUUAAAUUCAUUGAAUCCCGAACUAAGACUAGAUUUGAAUGAGAGAGGAGAUAUUAUUCAGGACGGGUUUAAAAUUAGUGGCAGUGCUUAUAAAAUUGCCGGUGGCAAAGCAUACCAUCAUGCAACGAUGUUGCUUAAUGCGGAUUUAGAACAGUUUAGCGGCUUAUUAGAACCCUCACUACCGAACAAUAUGGAAUGGGAGUCAAGUGGAGUUCAUAGUGUAAAAUCAAAAAUCAAAAAUGUUGGUAUAAUUACUCCUAAUCAGUUCAUUGCAGUGGUAUCCGAGCGUUUUCAGAAAACAUUCAAAGUUGACGGCGAAAUACCUAUAUAUUACUGUGACGAGUUUAAAUCUAUAAACGAUGAGAUUAAAGAUGCUAUGAACACCUUACAGAGCGAACAAUGGAAAUAUUUCUCGGGGCCUAAAUUUUCAGUGAAGAUUAAAGAUAAAGGCUUAACAAUUAAAGUCGAAAAGGGCAUGAUUUAUGAUUGUGAUAGAAAUGAUUUAAUCGGCUUGGAAUUCAAAGGAUUUUUGGAGAAUAUUGACAGUUACACAUAA